UCUGCAGCUCGUAGUGAAAAAAAUCUGACCUUUAAAGAUUCAUUUCUGCCUGUAUUUUUUGCAGGAUUGAGCACUACAAAGGUUUUUGGACCGAAAAAAAGACCCAACAUCCUCAUCUUAUUCAAAAUUCAGCGGCUAAAACAUUCACAAUCUGCAAUAACCACUGUAACAUGUAACAAUUUAUCACAAAAUAUUGGGAAAUGCAUUACAUAUUGUUCAGGUUGUUAAUACCAAACAUGAUAAAUUUUUACAAUAUGCAGGUGUUAUUAUAUAAGUGAGAAUUUACUAUAUUUGUUGAGUUUUACACGAUGACUUGUUUAUGCACGGUACUGCAUUAAUCUGAACCAGACUGGUGUUGCAGUGACAUUAAACUGAAAUUAUAAAACAGAACUAAAUGACCAGUAAAGUCCUUCUGCCUCUGUACACUUUCCUCUCAGAUGGAUCUGUGUGACCUCUCUGAUUAAUACAUGUGUGUGUUUAUGCGAUGCCAUCAGUUGGUCCUGGUGUUAGGUGACCUGCACAUCCCCCACCGGUGCAACACCCUGCCCGCUAAGUUCAAGAAGCUGCUGGUCCCGGGAAAGAUCCAACACAUUCUGUGCACGGGAAACCUCUGCACCAAGGAGAGCUAUGACUACCUGAAGACCCUGGCAGGAGAUGUGCACAUAGUCCGAGGAGACUUCGACGAGAACAUGAACUACCCUGAGCAGAAGGUGGUGACCGUGGGCCAGUUUAAGAUCGGCCUCAUCCACGGGCAUCAGGUGAUCCCGUGGGGCGACAUGGCCAGUCUGGCGCUGCUCCAGAGGCAGCUGGACGUCGACAUCCUCAUCUCCGGGCACACGCACAAGUUUGAGGCGUUCGAGAACGAGAACAAGUUCUACAUCAACCCCGGCUCGGCCACAGGAGCCUACAGCGCACUGGAAAGUAACAUCAUCCCCUCUUUUGUAUUAAUGGACAUCCAGGCGUCGACGGUGGUGACAUACGUUUACCAGCUGAUCGGCGACGACGUCAAGGUGGAGAGAAUUGAGUACAAGAAGUCUUAAAGACAGGGUUCUCAGUGUAUCAUUUCAUUCCUUUUCCACCAGGGGGCAGCACUGUCCCUGCAGUCACCACCAUGUUAAUGCUGUAACAAACAGACCCGUGUAUUAUAUUGUUUAUACGUCAUCAGCACUCGCGUGUGUCCAGGCUGUUAUUUGGAAACUGUAGAGAAUGCAAUAAUGUCACAUGUAUUUGUUAUCAAAAAGAAAUAUUUGGUGCCAUUUUCUUUUUUCUUUUUUUCUUUUUUUUUUUUAUUUCCCUCUUGUCAUGUCAUGUAACCGACUGGCCUUUAGCUUCUUUAGUCCGAAUUCUUUAAUUUCUUUACAAAAUAAAGAUCUAAUUUCACUCCA